AUGAAUUACUGUGUGCAUUCCAUCAUGUACUUUUACUACUUUGUGUGUGCGUGUGGGCUGCGCAAGAUCAUCCGCCCCAUCGCCCCGCUCAUCACAAUGUUGCAGCUCCUGCAGAUGGUGGUAGGCACAUUCAUUGUGGUGUACACCGCGUACCACACGUACUUGAGUGGACAUGGCUGCGAGGUGGACCGUACCAGCAUCCGCCUCGGCCUCGUGAUGUACGGUAGCUACUGUGUUCUUUUCACCGUGCUUUUCAGCAACCUCUACCUCAAGAAGAAACAGCCGCAGGCGGUCAGUGGACGCUGCGAUGCGGCGUCUAUCAAACGUAAUGGACUAAAGAAGGACUGA